AUGUCUGCUCCAGCUCCAGCUCAAGCUCAAGCUCAAGGUGCCCCAAGAAGAGGUGGUUUCGGUGGUAGAAACAGAGGCCGUGGUGGUAGAAGAGGUGGUAGACAAGUCGAAGAGAAGGGCUGGGUCCCAGUCACCAAGCUAGGUAGACUUGUCAAGGCCGGUAAGAUCACUACUCUUGAAGAGAUCUUCCUACACUCUUUGCCAGUUAAGGAGUUCCAAAUCAUUGACACUUUGUUGCCAACUUUGUCCGAUGAAGUCAUGAACAUCAAGCCAGUUCAAAAGCAAACCAGAGCUGGUCAAAGAACUAGAUUCAAGGCUGUCGUUGUCGUCGGUGACUCUAACGGUCACGUUGGUUUGGGUAUCAAGACCGCUAAGGAAGUUGCUGGUGCCAUCAGAGCCGGUAUCAUCAUUGCUAAGUUGUCUGUCAUCCCAAUCAGAAGAGGUUACUGGGGUAACAACUUGGGUCAACCUCACUCUUUGGCUACCAAGACCUCUGGUAAGUGUGGUUCCGUUACCGUUAGAUUGAUUCCAGCCCCAAGAGGUUCUGGUAUUGUUGCUUCUCCAGCUGUCAAGAAGUUGUUGCAAUUGGCUGGUUUGGAAGAUGUUUACACUCAAUCCAACGGUUCUACUAGAACUUUGGAAAACACCUUGAAGGCCGCUUUCGUUGCCAUCGGUAACACUUACGGUUUCUUGACUCCAAACUUGUGGGCUGAACACGCUUUGCCAUUGUCCCCAAUGGAUGUCUACGCUGACGAAGCUGCUAUCCAAAAGAAGAGAUUCUAA